AUGUAUGUAAAUUGUUUGUUCCCACAGGGUGUUUUAUCAGAUCUGACACAAGUUACACGUCUACAUGGUUUUGACCCAGUUUGGGGGGUGCUUGUUGUGGGCACAGUCACUUUCAUUUUGGGAUUUGCUGGGUGUGUUGGAGCUCUCAGGGAAAACAUCUGCCUCCUUAAGUUUUUUGCUGGAGUCAUUGGCUUCAUCUUCUUCCUGGAGUUGACGGCUGCGGUGUUGGCGUUUGUGUUCCAGGGCCAAGUUAGGGAGUGGAUCAGUGAUUUCUUCUUGGCUAAUGUGAAGGCCUACAGGGAAGACAUUGACCUGCAGAACCUGAUCGACUCUCUCCAGAAACUGAAUCAUUGCUGUGGAGCUAAAGACCCCAACGACUGGAAUCUAAAUGUGUAUUUUAACUGCUCAGAGAGUAACCCCAGCAGAGAGAAAUGUGGAGUGCCGUUUUCCUGCUGCAUCAGCGACCCUGCUGAUACAGUGGUGAACACGCAGUGUGGAUAUGAUGUUAGAGCGUCUGGCACACCGUCUGUAUGGAGCAACACCAUUUAUGUCAAAGGAUGCAUGAUUGCUUUGGAGGAGUGGCUUCCACGCAAUCUCUACAUUGUGGCUGGAGUCUUCAUAGUAAUAUCAUUGCUACAGAUGGUGGGAAUCUUCUUGGCAAGGACGUUGAUUGGAGACAUUGAAAAAGUAAAGUUUAAUUAUUACUGAGCUCACAUUACUGAAAGGGAGACGUGCACCUCCUGUUAUUCUUUUGCAUCUCAUUUUGUGGAGAAGAGGACUCUGGACCAUUCACUGGACCACCUUUUCAGAAUUUCUAUAAACCACAUGUUGAAUAUGCAGCUGCCUAAGUUUACCUGGAUAUUGUCACAUGUGUGCCUUGUCUCUUCAAGUUUACCUCCGGCCCACUCCCUAUUUUUAGUAGAAUUUUUUUUUCAAAUCUUUUUUUUUUAUAGGACUACCAUUAACCAAACAUUUGUAUUUUUGGGACCACUAUUAACCAAGCUGGGUGUACAUAGUGCCAACAUAACCUGAAAUGUAAUUGUAAUGAUGAGAAGUCGUCAACCAAACUUUGAUUCCUAAAAUGUAUCUAUAUGGUCUUGUUGCACACACUCCAAAAUCGUAUGUGCACACUUUUCUUUUAGGGAACUAAAUUAAGAAUUAGUACAAAAGCACAAACUAGAACAAUUAGGAUGUUUUUAGAAGCAUGUUUAUUUUUCCUUAGAUAAAAACCUGCAAAAUUAAGAUAAAAAAAACAAAAAAAAACGGAUUGACCGUUUUUUUGUACUCUUAUAGUAAAACCUGUAAUGAAAGAAUUUUUUAAAAUGUAGUUUUAACUACAGUAAAUGCAUAUCCUUAAAGUUUGUUGAAUUGUAUUUGUAACUUAAUAUUUUUGCAGACAGAAGUUCUGCAUUUAAUGUCAACUUCAAAGAGUGCAGAAGAAAAAUAUCAGGAUCUGACCCUAACUACUCGCAUGUAAAUGGAACAUAAUCGAGAAUGCAUUUGGGUAGAAAUCAAAUGCCAGUGAGUCUAAAAGAGAAGUGAGCUAAUCGAUUUGGUCCUACAUGAUGGAGGUAAGAGGUGUCAGUUUGUGAUAUGUAUUUUACCAUAAGCAGCUCACAUACGCAAUUAUGUGUCCAUUCUGUUAACUGAAUGUCUUGCAUUUAAGGGUCACUGAAGUUUGAUGGUAGGCACCAUAUGGCUUAUAAUAUUCUGAUGUCAACAUUGCCUUGAGAUGCCAACAUUUACCUCCUUUUUUCUACUGUUACUUGGUGUCUUUAUGCAAAAAUGCAGAUUGUGCCUUUUCUCUGGCAUUGAAUAUUUCAUCAAAUGUAUUGUACAGUGUUUAGCUGGAUAGAAUAAAACCCAUGAUUAACCUUUUUUAUGGGUGUUAAAAAAAAAGUACUUUUUUUUGUUGGUAUUUUCAAUUGAAAAUCUAAAUGCAAUUACAGCACAAAUUACUUAAAAUAUGUAAUAUUAACAAUAUAACAUUAACAUGUCUUCACACUUGAAUUAGCCAAAACACAAUAUGCAUUCUGACAUAAAUGCAAACACCUUUUCUAUAGCCCAAAGACUUCUUUUCUCAGUUCUAUCAUAUAAUUGUAUAUGACCUCUGAAAUUCUCAUCAAUGCAAAAAGGAAAUUAUUUAAGAAAAGAAAGCAUUUAGUUAAUCUUUUUAAUUCAGAGUGCACUAUUUUGUCCCUUUUUUGGAGUGUCUGUCUGUGCCACUGUGUAAUGUUAAAGCUCAAUUGAGUAUUUACUAAAAUGCAGUACAGUUUCCCUGAUCUUGCUACAAGAGCCUCCUUUUUUUGUGAAGGGAUGUUUUUUGUGUUGGAUUUAGAUGUCAUUUAUUGUUGAAUAUUCGUUAUCUUUGUAAAUAUUUCCUGAAUUCUUUUCAUAAUUUUUAUAUUCAAUAAUAAAAAAAAAAAGAGUUUGACAUUA